AUCUGUUAAUCUUUGGUAAUGCUAUAAACAGGUUAUUGAGGUUAUAAAAGCUCUGUUUUUAAAGAACACAAGCUCAUUCUGUAAAGUAGUAUAAAACCGAAAAUAUCAAGAAGUACUUCUACUUUUGAGUGAUUUUUAGUUUAAAGUUCUUUCAAGUAAAAUAUUUGCGCGUUCAUAAUGCCUAAGUACUAUUGUGAUUACUGUGAUACGUAUUUAACACAUGAUUCCCCAAGCGUACGGAAAACUCACUGUACUGGAAGGAAACAUAAGGACAAUGUUAAGUUUUAUUACCAAAAAUGGAUGGAGGAACAGGCUCAACACCUUAUCGAUGCCACAACAGCAGCGUUUAAAGCAGGCAAAAUUGCAAAUAAUCCAUUUGCACAGCCAGGAAAAGGAGGAGUUGCUAUUCCACCUCCAGCUCAGCUCUUAGGACAGAGACCAGGUGCACCACCGCAGGGCCCAGGAAUGAUUCCACCAGGAGCUAUGGGACCUGGGGGACCGAUGCCUCCGAUGGUGAUGGGCCCUCAUGGACCUAUGCCACCUAUGAUGGGGAUGAGGCCACCAAUGAUGGGAAUGAUGCACAUGGGUCCAAUGGGACCCAUGGGACCUGUUAGGCCGCCAAUAGCUCCCAAAUAAGUUUUGAUUCUGUGUAUAGUUUUAUAUGACGUAAGAAAUAAUUCAAUAUAAUUAAGUUUUAUGAUCACGCAUGCUAGCAGAUCAACAAUAUGUGUAGUGAAUUACAUUAGUUUUUUUUUGUAAGUUAAGAGUGAAAGCUGGCUUGCUCAUAAAACUUUAUGAUCAUACAAUAUAUGUGUACAUAGUGGUGUAUGUUUGUAAUAAAAAUGUUUAUAAG